UUUUUUUUUUUUUUAUGUGAAAGUAUGGACCAGGAAGAAAAAGAGGAACAAGUCAGUUUUCAAGAAUUGAAAAAAAGAUGGGCUCAACAAGAAGCAGGUGUUCAACCAUGUCGACAGGACACUUCUAACCAACGGACUUCAUCUGGAAACCCUGAAUCUUCAACUAUUUCUCCAAUCAUGACUCCAGCUUCUUCUGUACGUUCGACCGCGUCAACCAAUAAUCCUAUACCAGCGCAAAUAAUCAAUAAAUCUGAACUUUCUCCACCUUUCCCUUCUUUACGUAGUUCAUCCACAAGUCCUUCUUUAUCUUUAGACCAACAAAACAAUGAUUUGAAACCAACCACCAAACCUCCUAUCAUCCCACCAAAACCAAAUACAACGUCAGCAACAAUAUCGUCUAGUUUACAACCACAAGAAACAUCUACACCAUUAGCAAAAAGGAUAUCACUUUUGGCUCAACAGUUUGAUAAAUCUACCUCGAUUUCCAACAUGACAACUAGUACUUUAUCUAAACCAGCAGUCAAUAGUUCAGUACCAUCACCUAUUAUCAACAAAAAAUAUCAUAGUGCAGCUCGUCAAGAACCAUCGGUAUCUGAACAAACUAAUCAUCCUGAUUUAAAAGAUACACCAGUUUUCACCGUACCUAUACCUAUUUCUUCGCAACAACAACUACAACAAGAACAACAACAACAGCAACAAAGGCCAUCGGGUAUUACCUCAGUUGCAUCAAGUCCUGGAGCAACCAGUAGCGCACCACCACCAAUAUUACCACCUCGACCUGCUAUGGUGAACGUUACAUCUUUUGAAUCAUUGCCACAACUACCACCUCGUCCAUCAACAUCUACUUUAGCUCGAUCACAUACCAUCAAUCAUUCUUUUGAUCAUCACCCUCCUCUAAGCAAUAGUACAUAUGAUGUUUCACCACUUUCUCAAGCUUACUCAGCACCUCAAGAUUUACAGCAAUCACUGAAACGAUCUCAAACGCUAGGACCUAUGAAACGGGAUGUAACAACAACAACCAAUUUAUUGACAAAGAGUGUUUAUCCUGAUUUUAGCAAGGCAACUCGUAACCCACCAACAAUGGACGAAGAUAAUGGAGAACGACGGUUCGUAGGUGGACAACAUCGAGGUACUCAUCAACCUAUGGCGGCUUCAGGAUGCAAGAUUGCCACCGGAACUCAACAAGCCAAAGUUUGGGAUGCAAAUACAUGUCGAACAACGUAUGGAGUGGAUUUGGUUGGACCAAACGACAAUGAAAGGAUUCGCAGUUAUACCUUUGUUCCUCCAUUGAAACCAGCGGAUGAAGGAAGAUAUUUAUGGGCGGGAAUGCACGAUGGAACUCUAGUGGCAAUGGAUACAACUACAAAUGAAGUCAUAGGGAAAACAUCAAGUUGUCAUAAACAUCCUAUUUCAUUUAUGCUUCGAAGGCGCAAUGUGGAAAUUUGGACAUUAGAUGAAAGUGGACUUUUAGCGAUCUGGCCUGUAUUGAUUCAUUUUCAGCAAAAUCAACAACCCUAUCAUCCAUUUGAAAUUCAACCUAUCAAACAUCUAGUGACACCAAAGGCAGUGACGGCAUUGACAGUAGGCACGGAUCUAUGGAUAUCAAGUGGAAGAACAAUACAUGUAUACAAGCACUUGGGUGGUGGAAAAAAAGCAGUGACACAAGUAGAUGAUAAACAAGUACGGAUACCAAAUGAUUUAGGCAAUAUCACUCAGUUUGUAACUAUGCCAUUCCAUCCUGGUCAAGUAUUUGCUAGUCAUGAUGAUGGCAAGGUCAGUGUUUGGGAUAUCAAAACAACAGAAAAAAUUCAAGUCAAUGCGGUUUCUCUGUAUGGUAUUUGUGCUAUGGUGGCAGUGGGUGAUUAUCAUCUUUGGACUGGCUAUAAUACAGGCAUGGUGUAUGUUUAUGAUACAAGACCCGAAAAAUGGUUAGUGGUGAAAACCUGGCGAGCUCAUCAUGGUUCCAUUGUUUCUCUUCUUGUGGAUGAUUCAAGCUUUAUUCGGAAUGGCAAAUCCUUGCAAGUGAUCACUGGUGAUUCUCAUGGUCAUGUAGCAAUAUGGGAUGGUUUGAUGGUACAAAACUGGCAAGGUCAACAACUAUUGCAACAAGCACAAAACUAUUGUAGUUAUAGUCCUAUCAAAGUGAUGAUUUGUUCUUGGAAUAUCGAUGCCAACAAACCUGAAAAAUUAGUUGGACGUGAUAAUGAAUUGGUACACGAAUGGUUAGGCUCAACAGAUGAUCCAGAUAUUAUUGUUGUUGGUAUACAAGAAAUUGUCGACCUUGAAUCGAAAAAACAGACCGCAAAAUCAUUAUUCGCAUCUCGUAAGAAAACUGAAACUUUACAAGAAGCUGAAGAAAUGCUGACUCAUCGAUAUCGAUUAUGGCAUGAUCAUUUGAUCCGCGUGAUUGGCAACAAUUAUGGACACGAUACAUAUACGGUAAUCAAGACAGAUCAACUUGUAGGACUAUUUAGUUGUAUUUUUGUCAAGAACAGCGAAGCACAUCGGGUCCGGCAUUGCGAUUCCACAGUGGUCAAGACAGGAUUGAAAGUGAUGAACAAGAGCAUUCAUGGGAAUAAGGGUGGUAUUGCUAUUCGGUUUUUAUUUGAUCAUUCAUCACUCUGUUUUGUUAAUUGUCACUUGGCGGCUGGUCAAUCUCAUACUCAAGAUAGAAAUGCCAAUGCAGAAAGCAUUCUUCAUUCUGCCAACUUCCCUGAUUAUGAAAAAUAUUUGGAUGUGUUUGCUAAUGGAGGUGAUGGAAGUCUUAUUCUAGAUCAUGAACACUGUUUCCUCAGUGGUGACCUGAACUAUCGGAUUGCAAUGGAAAGAAAGGAAGUAUUGGAAUUGUUAAAACGCAAGGACAAGGUGGCUGCUUGGGAAACUUUACAAAUACACGAUCAAUUGAAACGACAACAUAUCACCAAUCCACUGUUCAAACUAUUAUGGUUCCAGGAGCCUCCUCUUUUAUUUGAUCCCACCUACAAAUACGAUCGUGGUACCGAUAAUUAUGACAGCUCUGAAAAGAAACGUGUACCUGCUUGGUGUGAUCGUAUACUAUGUCGUUCCAACAUGGCUCACAAUAUUUAUUAUCGUCGACAUGAAGUCAAGGCCUCGGAUCAUCGACCCAUCAGUGCAGCUUAUAAUAUACAAGUCAAGGAAAUCGAUGGACACAAACGCGACCGAUUAUUGGAAAAGAUCGAAAAGGAUUGGUUUUAUACUGUGGAAAAAUUGAUCAUGGAAAAAAAGAAACGAUACAUUGUUGAUUAUGAAUUGUGUUCUUUGGAUCAAGCUACUCAAUUUUUACAAGAAAGUCAUUGGAAUAUCGAUCAAGUUGUACAACAUUUAUUAAAAUAGAGUUUUUAUUAUUUAUUGAUUUAGACAAUAAAGUCAGAUACCUUUUCCUCUUUUUUUUUU